GAACACUGCGCACUUCGACCGCGGCUGGGUCGUCGGAAACCUCGGAAGCGGAAACCCUAAAUCCAAGUCACCGACUCCGCUUCAUUGAUCCGCAUGGGCAGUUACCGGGGCAAGCUGGGACUUUCGCCAUCAUCCCCAGCAGAAGGGCGCACAGACUUGUCGGAGAGGCCAAUGAACCGCCGGCCAACUCAGUCCCUUCAUCAAGUCUACCGGAUUCAGCACGUCCAUCGUGCCCACCCUGCCCCUCGACACAGACCUGCGAGGAGGCCGCCGGACUGGGUUCCUUCCAACCCCACCGUGUGGAUGGUCAAUGAGGCUUGGAGGCGCUUUCCCAUGAAGAGAUGCCGGAAUUCCAUCAUGGGGCCUCUUCCUUCAGACUGGUGGGAAGGUUACUUCCAGCGGAGUAUCUGGUCUCUGCGGCACCCCAGGGCAAUAUGGAGCCCGGUGACCAUCAAGAUCGCUCCUCCUGAGCGGACAGUGCCCCCCUCCGCUUCCCCAGCAGAGGUAAUCAACUCUGCAGGGUCCUCGCCUUCUGAGAGGCUCCCAGACCCUUGUGCAAAGGAAACGGUGCUGCGGGCCCUCAAAGAGUGCAAGAAGGGGAAAGUGAGGUUGGAAGAACCACUGUUUCAUGAGAUCUUUGACUGUAAGAGAAGUAUUCCAGAGACCAGACCGUCUGCAUUUAAACCUCUGGUGAGAGAGGGAGUCCUCAGUUCUUUUGUGCCCAGGCCUGGGCCUCUGAAGAGAAGCCUCAACCCUUGGAGCUCAGAUCACAGCUUGAAUAAGAGGCCCAGUUGUUCCUCCAUGGACUCCUUGACCAGCACACACACAGGCAACUCCCUUGACUCCAAAAGAAAUGCUAUCACAAGCUCUUACAGCUCUUCUCGAGAUUUCUCAGAAUCUUGGAAGAAAAGUAUUCCCAGUGAAUCACUCCAGAUACCAGAGUGGCCAGUAAAAAAGAAAGAAAAAGGUCAUCAGUCUCACUCUCCAUUCCCACUGGUAUCAGACGAGUCCCCAGAAACAGCUGGCAGCUCUGGACAGCAAAAGCAGAUUCCACUGCUUCCAUCUAGCCCUGAAAACCUGCUGUCUCUCAUUCCACCUCCCCAGCUUGGUCAUCCAGUCCCUGAAGACCUGGCCUUAGGGAAGAAAGCUGGACUCCAAUCGAGCAACAAAGCCAGAGAGAAUACAACUGAGAUCACCACAGACUCUGUCCCUGAGACUAGGUCUGGUAUUCAGCCUUCCCUGUCUCUCACCCUGCCUUCUGCAGGCACAGCUCCAACCCAGGGCACUGAUCCUCAGUUGGAAAGAUUAAAUAAGUUACAGAAGUCUCCAGGUCCACCGGCCUUCCCACAACCCACUGAAGAGGUAAUCAAUGCAGCCCACUCACCUCUGACAACAGCAAGCCUGCCAUGCCCACUUGGGUACUCACAGUCAGAGCCACUUUCAGGCAUCUCUUCGGACUCAAAACCCCCAGCUACUUUCAUCCAUCUGACCCCUGUUUCUCCCACAUCAUCAGUCACUGGCACCACACGGCUACCUUCGACUUCUCAGGCUGCUGCACACCUAGACUCAUCUGCUGUUAUCCCUACAGCCCCCGCUACGCCAAGUACUUCGCUUAGACUGAUGAGCAGCCCAGCUCCCCAUGCUCCUGCAUCUUCUGCUGUUGCAGAAGAUGUGCCUCCUGUUGCAGCUUCUGCUGACCGCAUGUCAAAACCCAUUUUGGGGCUCCCACCCAAUAGUGAGACUGGGACCUCCUUAUACUCUAGAAUUUCAGCCACAGCUGCUCCAUCUUCAGCUCCGGGUACCUUAACUCCCACUUUCAGGCCUAUCUUUGGCAGUGUAAGACUACUUAAAACUAUGCCCAUGAUAGCUCCUUUUCCUUUCAAGCAGGCCUCUCCUCCACCUACCCCUGCUUCUACCCACCUCUUCCAUGGCCUGGUCAAGGACACCUCUGUAGUCAUGUCCACCACACGAGCCAGCACAUCCAAAGACUCUUUUAAGCCACCUUUGGAUUUUGGUGUAGUGAAUGUUACCAGUACCAUGGGCAACACUUACUCCAUCCCUUCCACUUGCCACACUUUCCUUCUUGGGGCUGCCUGUGCCUUCAAGGCCAGUUUCUCCCCAGCUGCAGGCUGCAUUUUGCCACCAAGCCAACGUCCUACCAUUCCUACUGUACACACAGUCACUAUCUUCAGCCAGGUCAUUCCCAGUGCUGUCCAAAUAUCCCCUACCAGGAGCACUGCCAAUUUUAGAGCUAGUUCUCUGUCCACUUUAGCCCUAGGAAACCCCAAUCAGCCUGCAUUGUCAUCCAGGAUCUCCAGUUCAACCUCAGCAUUCACAAUUCCCUUGGGGUCAGGCCCAAGGUCACCCUUCCCACUAUCCCUGGGAGCAACUCCCCAGCCUGCAUUUGGGAUAGCAUAUGGGCAGAAGCAAGGAGCCCCCCAACCAGCCCUUGGCCCAAGCUUCAGUAGCUCUCUCAUUUUUGGAAACUCAACAGUGGCAUCCUCAACCCCAGCACAAACUCUCACUCAACCAUCCUUCAACAGUCCCACUCAGUCAGCCUUUGGAGGUUUGGCACCAUCAGCCUCCACCUUUCGUAUCCCUACCAACCUCCGGCCAGAUGUUAACAACACUCCAAUGGCUAUUCCCUUUGGUCAGGCUAAUACAAAUGGUUUUGGAGUUGUUACCCCAACCCACCGGACUGGGGCUUGUGGCUCAGUGUUUGGUAGCACAGCCCCAAGACCUUUUGACUUUGGGGGAUUAGUAACCCCUAUGGACUGUGGGGAGACUGGGGUCAAUGUGACUGCUCCAGACAUGAGUUCCAACUCCAGAGCAUUCAGCACUGUAGCAGUGCCUAGUGGGACAGCUAGCACCAUCACACCCUUGGGUAAAGGCUGGGGCCCCAAAAACCAGGGCCUGACCAGCCAGGGCACACCUUUUGCUUUGGGGAGGGCCAACAUUUCUGCAAGAAAAGCUAUGUUUAGGGGCCCUUCCAUGGAUCCCUUUGCUCAGAGUGCUCCUGUCCUUGGACCAGUUAAGGUAGGCAGCAGUUUUGGCUUUGGGAUGCAUUCUUCACCUCCCCAGGGCUCUGUUGGAAAAGGAUCUUUCAGAUCGCCAGCCCCAUCAUUUUCCAUUGGCACAAAAUCAAAAACCUCAAGGAAUAGGGAGCAAGGGCAUUCUCGAAGGCAUCAUUCCCAUAAGAAAUAACCUGUGUUCCUUGCCAUUCAUACUGUGAUGUGGACCUCAGCGUAGUGAAUUGCCUCAGCAUCUUCUAAGUCUCUACAGCAAAAAUACCUGAGUUCUAAGGUGAGAGUUUUGCACAUUCACCUUGUGGUCCUAAUCUACAUUCUAGAAGACGAUGAAAGACUAAAGUAUCACUGAUAAUAGCAGAAUGGAACUGAGUGGAACUAAAUCUUUGGAACUGAACAGAGCCUUGCCUUCCCCUCCCUGCCCAUUCCUUUCUGUGUCAAGGAUGAGCUCAAUCAGGACACUGCCUCCUGCUUUUUUUCUGGGAACAGACAUGACAGGGAGGCAACAAGUACAACCCUCUUGCUACUCUGGGUGGAGGAAUAGAUUCUUUCUAAAUCUCAGCCGU